CGCACGCACGCAGGCGAGCGUUAUCGUGAAUGAAAGAGGGCUGCGACGGAUGUCAUUGGGGGUGCUUUCGAUCAUUCAGGCCAAAGUGUCGGGGGGAUGCAUAUUUCAUUUUUGAAAGUGGUCUCUGCAUACGUCGGCGAACUAACAUCACGUCCGCAACGCGUCGCAGUUGCGCUUCGGCAAGCUGCCAGUGUGUGAAUGCGUGUAUUCUAGUGAGAGAAAAACUCCGACUUUUUCGUAUUUAAUCGAGUCGAUUAAAAAGCAGAGAAGAUUGUGCUGCACGCACACCCAAAAUGGUGCCCAACUGAUUUUGCGAAACGAAUACUCCACGUACGAGUAAAUCAUAUAUGGGAAAAUGCUGGAGCUCGUGGGACGCAAAGCCAGCGGCAUCUCCUGGCCUAGCUGCCGCGCUCAAAAUCUCGAUACCUUCGGCAAGCAUCUCCGGGGAGACGUGUUCCGGAAACGCGCGGACAAGGAUUGCAUGCGCGAGAAACAAUGGAAGCGAGACAGCAAGGGUUUGCUUUGCUCUUUGGGCCAGUUGGGCUGCAACGACUCCUACAGCCCGGACAUCCUGGGAACGUGGAAAUUUCACAAAGUGUCUCGCGCGAGCUAUGAGGGGAUGAGCACUGGAGCAGGAGAUGGAGGUGGAGGCGGUGUCGGAGGUGUCCAGAGCAGCGGCGGUGGUAGAAACACACCGCCGCACGGCUCACCCACCCCCAUGGACAAAGCAACCUUAAAGGUUCAUCUCCCCAACGGUGGCUUCAACGUCGUCAAAUUCGGCGAUGCGAUUGACGUUCGAAGUAUCAUCUCCCUGGUUACCAGUCGUCUGGCUGUUGGUACCAGACACUAUCGGAACCUAUACGCGAUGAGGCUUCACCAUCCCGGAUCCGGGGAGAGUUAUUGGUUGCAUCAGGAUACAACGAUGUAUCAGGUGCAGGAGAAAUACGAGCAGAAACAUCCGCACUGCGAGUGGAGGUACGAGCUCCGAGUGCGUUACCUGCCGCAAAACCUGAACGAUCUUUACGAGAAGGACAAGGUCACGUUUUACUACUACUAUGAUCAGGUGCGGAACGACUAUCUGAAUCACGCCGCUUUGGAUCAUGACGUCGCGGUUCAGCUGUGCUGCCUGGAGAUUCGCUAUUUCUUCAAGGACAUGCCGCAAAUUGCACUGGACAAGAAGAGCAAUUUGGAAUACCUGGAACGUGAGGUCGGCAUGCAUAAAUUCUUACCGCGUUCCGUGCUGAACGGGAUGAAGCCGAAAGCCCUCCGGAAACUGAUACAGCAGCAUUUCAAGAAGGUCGCGGCGUUAUCCGAGCUCGAGUGCAUGUUCAAAUUCUUCGACCUGCUGCGGGCGUAUUACCGAUUCGAUCAGGAAAGGUUCAUAUGCGCCUUAGGGUCAAGCUGGUCAAUACCCGUGGAACUAGUCAUCGGACCGGACUUAGGCAUAUCUUACAUGGCUCAUCGAGGUGGGACAGUGCCGACCAGAAUAGCGGAAUUCUCGCAAAUACAAUCUAUCCAAACGUUGGUCUCGGACUGCAAGGAGCACGCUAAGGCGUGCAUUAAACUGAGAGUCGCGGGAAACCCGGAGACUCUUAGCAUCACUUGCUCCAGCCUGGAUCAGGCGGAGAGUCUCGCGGAUUUGAUCGACGGAUAUUGCAGACUGGUCACUGGUAGCAACACUUCGCUGUGGAAUAGGAAAGCUGGGUCGUGGAAGAAUUAUCCCUGUCCAUGCAAAGACGCGCAUCCGCCGAAAUACAGACAAGAUGGUGCCAGCAGUCCCGAAAAGAACGCCGGUAAAACUGGAACCAUAUUGUCAGAAGAUUACGCGGAAAUCGUCGAUGAGGAAGGAGAUUAUUCGACACCAGCCACUCGGGACUACGAGAUAGUGCGAAAUCAGGUAGAACUAGGUGAAAUUAUAGGAGAGGGUCAAUUUGGUAACGUCCAUAAGGGUUCGUACAAGGGAAGAGACGGCCAAACUAUCGCCGUCGCUGUAAAAACGUGCAAGGUUGACGCCACGGCUGAGAAAUUUCUCGAGGAAGCUUAUAUCAUGCAGCAAUUCGAGCAUCCGCACAUCAUCAGACUAAUCGGGAUCUGUUCAGAGGCGCCGAUCUGGCUCGUGAUGGAGCUGGCUAAGCUCGGGGAGAUGCGCGCUUAUCUGCAAUCCAACAAACACCGUCUUGAUCUCGCCACUCUUCUAUUGUAUACCUUCCAAUUAAGCACUGCCCUGUCGUACCUCGAAAGCAAGAAGUUCGUGCACAGAGACAUCGCUGCGAGAAACGUGCUGGUCUCGUCGCACAGUUGCGUCAAGCUGGCGGAUUUCGGCCUCAGUAGAUGGGUGGAAGACCAGAGUUAUUAUACCGCCAGCAAAUGCAAACUGCCAAUUAAGUGGAUGGCGCCGGAAAGCAUAAAUUUCCGAAGAUUCACAACUUCGUCCGAUGUUUGGAUGUUCGGUGUGUGUAUGUGGGAGAUUCUGAUGUUAGGCGUGAAACCAUUUCAAGGAGUGAAAAAUAACGAGGUGAUCCGCAAGCUGGAAAACGGAGAGAGGCUUGCGCUACCUAAUCACUGCCCACCGAGAUUAUAUUCCCUGAUGUCUCAAUGCUGGAGCUAUGAACCCAGUAAGAGACCGACUUUCAAGGAGAUCAGGGAAACUUUACAUGAGAUUUUGCUAGAAGAGAAGCAUCAGCAGCAGGAGACAAUGCGACGCGAGAACAGGAGAGUACAAGCCAUGUCUUGGGGUGCCGACGACGUGCCGCCGCCGAAACCGUCGCGGCAACCGCAGAACGCUACGGAACAGUCGCAGCUGAUCGCCGCGGCGCCGGUCUCCACGUAUAUCGUCGCGCAGAGCCCGGAGGUUCUCGCGCAACUGCUCAAGGACAACCAGGCGAGAGGGGUAUGUCCCUCCGUGUACACGACACCCGCGUCCCCUUUCAACACCCUGGCGGUGCAGUUUCAGGACGAGGAUCAAGUCCUGACCACCGCGGUCGUCUCCGACCUGCCUUUCUUCGACCCCGCGCUCUCCGAACCACCGUCCGUCACGCACGACACCCAGUCGGGCGAUUCUACCCUGUCCGACACGAACCUAGACUCCCUCGACUCCGCGGACAACGCUCCCCUCAUGUCGAGCCUGAGCAUUACGGAGCAGACGGCGCAGACGUCGCCCGCCGCCAACCGAAAGCAGCCGAAGGUUAAAGAGAUGCAAAACUUGUAUGCGGUUAGCUCAAAGGUGGCUGUCACGGGGGAGUGCCUGUACUCCCCCGUGCAGAAAUUCCCCUCCAACAGCGUGGCCGAGAUAUACGGCCCGGUCGCUAGUUUCACCCAGAGCUCGGCUAUCGUUGGUAAUCUCAGUCAGAGCGCUAGCGUAGGUGGUAAUUACGGCGAAAACUUCGGUCCCGGUAGUUUGGGUGUUGUCAUACCGAGUAGCGGUCAGUUCGUCGUCGGUAACCUCGCGGCUACUAACAGCGGUCAGUCCACGAGUCAGAAUGCGAGCGGCGUGCAGCAGAGUGUUAGCAGCAGCAGCAGCAGUAACGCCGUUUAUCCCCGUAGCAGCUCGGAAUGUUUGUACGGUCCGGUUCUCAAGUUCCGCGCCCAGCCGGAGUUGAAGCCCGUCAACGCCCUGGUCUACAGUCCCACGCCGGCGGCGUAUCCGCAUCAGCAGAUCUACUCGAACAUCGGCCAGCAGGCCGUGUACCUGCCGCAGAAUGUCGCGCGGCCGGUGUCGUACGCGGUGAUACAGCACACGAAUCAGCAGCCGUCCCACUCGGCCAGUCCCAAUCCGAUCUACACAGCUCACGCGACGUCCGUGUCGCAGGCGCAGAAGAUGCCGAAUUACGGCCAGCCGGCGAGCCUCCCUUCGCACUUCGCGACGCCGUCCGGCUACGUCGUGGACCAACCGAGCUCCCUCGGUCCGAUCGACCAAAUGCAUGCGAGCGCCAAGGCAAAGUUCGUGGCGCAAAAGCAAGACGAGCAGUUGACGAGCUCGACGGACGGCACGCUCUCCGGAUCACUGAUCUCGUCCGCUGUCAGCGAUAGCACCGUGUCGUCUAGCAGCUCGAUGACAGAGGAGGCACAACAAGAUCAGAGAAACGUACAUUCGCAGCUGUUCGACAAUCCGACUGACAAUUUCAACAGCGGUGUUGACGACGAGCAGAAGCUGUUGGAGCAACGGCUGCUAGAGCAGCAACGACAGUCCGAAGAGGACAGCCGUUGGCUGGCGAGGGAAGAGAAACGCCUGUCGAUCGCGACGAGUGGUGAUGAAAGUGCUAGUCCUCCGGUUCCACGGUCAGUUACUCAGUCACCGAGCCAUGAACCGCCGCACUCCGCUAACACUGGCUCUCUCGGUUCGGACAAAGGUUCCGAUAAAGUGAUCAUAGUGAAGAAAAUGGAACCCACACCCACUGCAGAUUUAGACAGAACCAACGAUAAAGUAUACGACUGCACGACAAGCGUCGUUCGUGCGGUCAUGUCAUUAUCACAAGGUGUUCAACAGAGCAAGGCUGAUCAGUAUUUAGAAUUAGUACGUAGAGUAGGUAUCGAAUUGAGAGCACUGCUGUCUUCUGUGGACGCUCUCGUAGAAAUAUUGCCAAUAUCCGCGCACCGCGAAGUAGAGAUGGCGCACAAAGUAUUAAGUAAGGACAUGGCGGAGCUUGUCAACGCCAUGAAGGAGGCGCAAAACUAUAGUGCCACUACAUUAGACGCCGAAUGUCGGAAGGGAAUGCUUUCUGCAGCUCAUAUCUUAGCGAUGGACGCGAAGAAUCUCUUAGACGUGAUCGAUUCCAUCCGCAUUCGUUAUCCGUACGUGGACAGUCAGAUAUGCCAGAGACAGAGCGACAUCGUUAACAUGACACGGGAGUCCACGCCCGAGAAUCGCAUCCGCUCGAGUCAGUCCGGCGAGCAAUUUCUGAGGAGGAGUCAAUCGAGCGAACGACAAGCCGUGCCGACUUUUCGGCAAAGCCAAAGCGGUGACCUAUUGCACAGAAUGGGUCAGUCCGUGGACCGAUCUUCGCCGGGAAGUCAGUCCGAUGUCAAUUCCUCCGGCAGCAGCUUAGAAAGAAGGCAUAACAUAGUGACCAAUAGCCUCGAGCGUAAUUCGACCGCGAGGAGACAGAUAGCCACCAAUAGUUUAGAAAGAAAGAGACCGUCACUGACGUGCAAUGUGGGGCCUAUGAAUAAUUCCGUUAAUCUACCGCCGAUGGUCCCGGUCACUUGCAAUCUAGUGCAGACCGCGAGUCCCGUCAUACAUCCGAGCCAGUCGGUCACAACGGGCGUCAGCAGCCAACAGACGGUAUUUGCGACCAACAGCAAAGCUACGAACAAGACUCCGAUAAAUGACAGCUAACAACGAGGUGCCUUGAAUUGAGGACUACUUCGGAUCAUUCGCUUCGUAUGUAUAUAAAUAGACAGCAUCCUACCAAGUUACCCGUGUACACAUCUACACGCAAAAUACUUCAACAACUGGAGAUCAUCUAGUAUUUGUGCUUCUUCUUAGCUCUUUUUAACAUUUAAAUAUGCAGACAACUUGCAUAUAAGCGCGUACUUAUAGAUAGGACAGUAUUCAUUACUUGUAGCAGUAGGAGGUUUUUCAUUAGAGAAUUUAAGUCACAGCUAUAAUAAAAUCACAACUCCAAAGCUCUAGGAUUAUCGUUAUAUGGUAACUACGUGUACGAGGUGACGCAAAGAUCAUUUUAGUAGAUACGCGAUACUCAUUCGGUUAUUAGCGUUAAUGUUAUCGUCUAAAUUUAUUUUACCAUUCGCAUUAGUAUCUAGUAAAGUUAAAUUCACGCUUAAAAGAAGACUUUUUCGUUUAAUUUGUGUCAUCUCGUAGUCGGUUGACUACAUAUACUCGGUUUCAAAGUGGUUUUGAACACUCUUUUCUUUCAAUGCAGCUCGAAACGUAGCCGACCCGUAGUUCAAUUUCCGGGAACUAAUGAAAAAAACAAACAUCGAGCCAUCGGCUACGUUUCAAACUUUGAUUGAAAAGAAAGUGUUCGUGUUGAAACCAAGUGUACAUACAUGCAAACGUAUUUUAGGACGUGCGUAUGUGUAUAUGUUUAUAAAUAUAUAUUUAAACGAUUCUCUCUUCAAUAUAUUACGCGAGAAUAUAAUUUCUUGUAGGAAUGUAAUCUUACAACGUUGUUUUUAAUACGAAUUCGUAAUUUCAUAGUCUAUUUCCUACGUAUAGGAGUACUAUGGGGAGUGAUUAUAAAAUGUAAAAAGAAGGGGGCGAACUGAAUGUUACUUCUAUUAGAUAAUUAUUUAAUGAUUCGUACCAUUUUGCGACAUUUAUACAAAAUAUUUUAUAAAAGGCAAAAAACCAUUUUUCAGCAGCGAGUCAGUUCCUACGAGACUACGAUAUUUUUAGGAAGUUCCAUCUUUACAUAAGAAUAUCACUGAUAGCUCAUCAAUGCAGUUUGCAGCGAUACACACUGCGCAUCUGUGAAAUCCGCGUUCGGAUAUUCUAAAGACGAAAGAAGAAAUAUCCCAUUUUGUGCAUUCAUUCUUCUUUUUUGUGUUUUUGGGGAAGCUCAGUUUCUCUCACCUACAAGGAAUGUUCAGAUCUCGAAAUAUUACAUCGACACAUUUUGUAUCGUUAUAAUUGGCGCGAGCGCGAAAUCCUGUAGUUCGUGAAAUUCAAUAUACUAAAUGGUAUGUGUGUGGCUUUAAAGAUUCAUGUGCCAAGGCGUAUGUUUGUAUGCUCGAAAGGGAAAAGAAUAUAACGUUUGCGUUGUAAAUUACGUUGAAUUAGAAAUGUGAAACAGUUUUAUCUCAAGAAUUCAUAAUCAGUAUUUACAAUUAUUGACGGCAUUUUCUUGCCAAAAGCAUAAGUCGCUUCUUUAGUUUAUGUUGCGAAAGAACAUAUAGAAACGAUAUUUAUUAUAUUAUAUUUGAGAGAAACGAUAUGUUAGCAAUCAAGCCAAUUUAACUAAUGCAUUUUGUAAAGUAACGACAUUGUAUAAACAUUUUCUACAGCAGUCUUCUUAUCACUAUUAUUCCAUAUACUGAAUUAUACUACUCACUGUUACGAGUAUUUCUCUUUCAGGUUUGCAAGACACACUAUACAAUUUAUUUAAUUAUUAUUAUUAUAUAAAUCAUAAAUUCACAUUUAAAUUGGAUUCUCAAAUUUUAUUGUAGAAAAAUAUUUAUUUAUGUAGACAAUUCUCUUUUGUAUGUGUACUUUCCUAAGAUUUUCCCACACAUAUAAACGAAAGAGAUUAUUAUUUGACACGUAAUAACUUAUAAUGAGAUUGCAUCCAAUUUAAGAAUGAUCCAGGAUCAUUCAACUCACUGUAUUUCCGAGAAAUAUGUUAUAUUCGAUUGUAUAACUAUCGAUAAUGUCAGAUGCAUUAAUGAAAAAUUUUACUUGAGCAAUAGUAAGAUGCUUCUAUGAUAAAACGACAAUUUCAUAGUCAAUGGGAUGACACAAGAGUUGUUGGCCAUUGAAAUUGAUAAUUAUUCUCUAAUAUAACAUUAUGGUCUUUUAAACGGUGAGAUAACAACAACAAUGUAUCACCGAUAAUGUCGCUGUUAUGUCAGUUAAGCAAGAGACGAUAAAAAUAAAUCACACAUGUAAUCUCAUUUCUCAUCUUAAAAAUAUUUAUAAAUUGUGUAAAUGUAACUAUGUAUCAUGAUCACAAGCAAAAUAAACUGCGCGUAUGAUUUCAACAUU